AUCCCCGCCAAGUUGCCCUCACACGUCAGAGGAGACGGCCCGGUACUGGUGAGUGGACGUGUGCGACGCGUCACCAGCCAGUUCCCGGAUGCAGCGAACAUCAACAUGGAGCGUGUGGUGGUGGUGGAAGUACCGAUCAACAACGGUUUUUCCCUGGCUGGCCCCUCCACCACCCCACGGAAGCGUCAGGUGCGUUUCUCAGCCCGCCAUGACAUCAUCCUUCUGCGGGAGGUUAUCACCCAGAACCCCUUCGCCUCCAAAGAACCAGGGCGGAUGUGGGCCCGUGUGGGUGAGAUCAUUACCUCAGCCCUUCAAGAUGAAAGCUUCGAGGUGGAUGCCAGAAGGUGCAGGGAGCGCACCAUGCUGCUGCUCGACUACUACAAGAAACAAGACUUCCCCAGUCUGCGCAGGUUUGGAACAGAGAGGUUGUACGCCCAGAAGGAGGAUCUGCUGCACGAGGUUCUGGAGCUGGAGGCGGAGAAGGGGCUCCUGGUCAGCGGGGAAAGCACAAAGUACCAGGAGGACGAGCUGAGAAAACGAGCUGUAGAAGAACUAACUCUCCCAGAGCAAGACAAACCCAACAUCACGCUCACACACCCUGCAGAACCAGAAGAAGAGCGCGAGGCGAUGGCGGAGCGCGAGGCGAUGGCGGAGCGCGAGGCGGUCGCAGAGCUGUCAGCGGCGCCCAUCGCCAAGCGGCCGUGUCAGUGCUGCUGCCAGACCUACUCGGAGAUCCUCAGCUUCCUGGAGAAACGCUCGGAGGCGGAGCAGCGGCUGCGAGAGGAGGAGCUUGCCCUGCGCCGAGAGGAGCUGGAGAUUCAAAGGAGUAAGAUCGCUCUGGAGAGGGAACGUCUGGGCGCCGACAGGAAAGAAAGGGAACGCCGAUUUGAGCUAGAGAGCCAGGAGCGGCAGGUCAUCUUGGACCUCCUGAAGGAGAAGGUGCUGAAAGGCUGACAUCUUGGGGGGGGGG